CAAACCGCAGGAAAGCAGUGUCACAUUCGACUCAAAAGAAGAGGGACGUAGCAGAAUUUAAAUCGAGAUUACCAACUAGCUACGCUAAACUACCUUGGCAAUAGAGAAGCAGCGUAAAUAGUAAUGUAACUUUGCUCCAGUGCGCACUUGUAAAGAUAACAGACAUGACCAUUUUUUGAUUGUGCAAGUGGACAGGUUAAAAGCCCGUCACCAAUUUCUCUAUACAUCCAUGUGUAUCAUUUUCAUAAAAUUUGACCCCCGGCCUGCAUCAAAAAAUGCCUACAGGCUAAUUUUGGCUGCAAACAGAGAUGAGUUCUACAGCAGACCAUCGAAGGCUGCAGACUUUUGGGGGAGCAAUACUGAUGUUCUGAGUGGGCUAGACCUGGAAUACGGUAAAGAAGGAGGAUCAUGGCUGGGGAUCAACAAGAAUGGGAAACUAGCUGCAAUCACCAACUACAUGGAAGGACGGCCCAAUCCAGAUGCACAAGGGCGAGGUUUCCUUGUUUCCAACUACCUUGUAGACAAGGACUUGGACAGCUACUCUUACCUAAAGAAGGUCUCAACAGAAAGUCACUUGUAUAAUGGCUUCAACCUUCUCACAGCAGAGUUCAAAGCCAAGCAGGAUCAUGUGUGUUACUAUGGAAACAGAGGCAACAGUGAACCCAUCCGUCUAAAACCAGGAAUCUACAGCUUGAGUAAUUCGUUGCUGGACACCCCCUGGAAGAAACUGCUGCAAGGCAAGCGACACUUUACCAGCAUUGUCAACAACCAGUCACUAUCCUGUGAUGGACUGGUGCAAGAGCUGCUGAGUGUACUUAAUAAUGAAGAACUGAAUUCACCUGAUCCUGUUCAAGAGAGCCAAGGAGAUGGUUAUAGCAAGUCCAUGAUCCAAGCUCUGUCAGCCGUGUGUGUUCGCACUCCUGAUUAUGGCACAAGGACCAAUACAAUUAUCCUGAUUGAUGCAGAGGGCAACGUUACCUUCACGGAGCGCACCAUGCUCAACUGUGACACAAACAACUGGACUACCAGUUCUUUCCAGUUCAAGCUGCAGACAUGAAGCCAUUAUGAAGGAAACUCACUUUGUGCCUCAGAGCCUCACUUCUUGCAUCACCAAAUCAUCAUUUAGUGUCCUAGCCCUGUUACCAUGGCAACUAAUGAGUGUGUUGAUCAACUUGACUCCGCAACAGCAACCGUGAUAGCCAUUUAAUGAUUUUUUAGGAUUAUCUGCAAAUGUUCUCUGAAAGUUAUUUAUCAGAUUGCCAAAGAUUAUUUUUCUUUUAUAUUUUUUUAAUAUUCCAAAAUAUGCAGUGUGAACUGCUGACAACAGCAUCAGUUGACUGUUAUAUGUUGCUGCAUUUCGAAAAAAUGUAGAGUAAGGGAUAAUGAAAAUAUAACUGCCUUCAAUUAAAGAAAGUGCAAAGUCAAAAAUGUUCUAUUCUGAUACUUUCAGAGUUAAACCAUUUGCAGCGCACUUGACUAUACUUUUCUGUUAGUUUUCCAUGGAGGAGCAUGCUGCCCCCUCGUGUACUGUACAUGUAUACAGGGUGGCGCUAGUUCAAUUUCAGGACAACAGAAACGAACGAAUGAAGUUUGCGAUCAAACACAUAAACUGUCUCGAAUAUUCUCUCUUUAGAACGGGGACACACAAAAAGCUAUUGACAAGGACAGAUAACUCAGUACUGAAAUGAGUACAAAUCGCCUCAGAAAGUCUUUAAAUUGAGUUAAUUAGUGGUGGCCAUGUCAGGUAGGCUACUGAAAUGUAAUUUGCACUUCGUGCGUUUGAAUGUUUAAGGUUGUCAACAAUAAACUUUUUCUGAGAUGCACUAUGUAGAGUGACUUCUAUUAUUAUC